AUGACUAUGCUCAAGGACACUGUGCGGAUGCAGGCCUACCGCGACGCCAUCCAGAUGAAUGCCAAAGAUUUUCGAGACAAGGUGGUGCUGGACAUCGGCUGUGGCACAGGCGUGCUGGCCAUCUUUGCUGCAAAGGCUGGAGCGAGGAAGGUCUAUGCUGUGGAGGCCUCUGACAUGGCGAGCUGCGCGAAGGAGGUGGUCUCGGCCAACGGACUCGCCGAGGUCGUGGAAGUCAUCCGAGGCAUGGCCGAAUCUGUGGAACUGCCGGAGAAGGUUGACAUGAUCAUCUCAGAGUGGAUGGGCAACUUCCUCUUCAAGGAGUCCAUGUUGGACACGGUGCUGAUGGCCAGGGAUCGUUUCCUGAAGCCAGGCAAGACCGCCUUGUGGGGCUGGAAAUUGGAAGGAAAAGUGGUCCUGACAGGAGGCUCGCUCUUCCCCUCGCAUGCUCGGCUUUUCCUGGCCCCAUGCGCCCACAGCUCUUUUGCGGAGCGGUGGCAAGACUAUGUGGAUGAGCUCUGGGUGUCCCGGCAUGGAGUUGGAGCAUGGCAUAGCUUCGUGGAGUACAUGCAAGUUAGCUUCGGCUUGAAUUAUGGCAGCCUGGCAAAGCAGCACGAGGAGCAGGUGGGAUCCAGCUUGUCCUCCCAGCUGUCAGAAGCGACCAUGAGUAGCUAUGAAGGGGCAGCUAAGGAGAUCAAUCUGCCCAUCACCCAGGAUGGGUUGGUGGACUUUGUGGGUUCUUCGACAUUGCAUUCCGCGGAUCCGCACAGAAUCCUGCAGAAGUACCGGGGUGUAGUGGAGCUGACCCUGCAGGCAACUCACUGGGGGCAGCAGCUCUUCGGCUUCUUCCCAGAGUCUGUGGACCUCUUCGGCCCGCCAGCCCAAUUGGGACUCGCCGCGCUGAAAGGCGACGAGUUGCGCGGCGUCUCGACCAAGAUUUUCCAAGUGCCCAUGCAGGAUCAUACACGAAAAGCCUACACUCGGCUGUGCUUUGCAGAAGAAGGCUCGUUCAAGCAAAAGAAGGAAAGUUUCACUGCUCAGGUUGAGCUGAACCACACCUCCGGUCUCCUGGGCUGCUACCACGAAGCUUGGAGUGAUGACUCCUGGUAUGUCCGGACUUUGGCAACAGAGCUGCUCCACGAGCUUGGCCCACUUGGCGCAGACAAGAGCCAGGCAGUCCUGGCCAAGGCGCUGCACAACUUGGAUCAAGAAGUGCGAAAGAAUGCAGCCUUGGCCCUCGGCAAGCAGGGGAAGGUUGCUUCGAAGCACGCCAAUGCCUUGUGCACACGGAUGCUGGGAAACCGCCCUGGAGUUCACAGUGACGACCCAGACGCUGACCUGAGUGAACGGCUGGAUGUCCGGAAAGCAUGCAUGUGGGCACUUGGGCAGCUGGAGCCACAAGCCGUGAUGCCGCACAUCCACAACUUGGAUGAUGGGCUCUUCCACCGGAAUGCCGGGUACCGACUUGUGGCGACGCAAGCCCUUGCCAACCUGGGACCGCAGGCUGUGCACACGCGCAAGGACCACUUGCUAGUGAUGGAGUCUACUGACCGCGACGAUGAUGCUUUGAAAGGACGGAGUGAAAAGAUGUCGGUGAGCCCCAAGCACUUUGUUCUGAAAACGCCAAUGGAAGGGCCGUGGCCAGCAAAUAUGAAGGUGUGUGUCCUCGCAAACGGAUGCUUCUGGGGCUCAGAGAAGGGCUUCUGGCGCUUGCCAGGUGGAGGCAUCCAUGCCACUGCAGUAGGCUACGCUGCGGGCAAGACCCCCAACCCUACCUAUGAGGAGUGCUGCAGUGGACAGACAGGGCACACGGAGGCGGUCCAGGUUGUUUACGACCCGGAAAAGAUCAGCCUGGUGGACAUUUUGCGCUGGUUCUGGGAAUCCCACGAUCCAACCCAGGGCAAUCGGCAAGGGAAUGACCGUGGCACCCAGUACAGAAGCGCGCUGAUUUAUUUUGACAGCGACCAGGAGCAGUUGAUACGCGCAAGCAAAGAAGCUUAUGAGAAGGCUCUAAGAACAGCGAAGCGAGGCUUGAGUUCCAACAUCACCACUGAAAUCGUGGCAGCAUCAAGCUUUGAGCAGCCCUUCUUCUAUGCCGAGGACUAUCAUCAGCAGUACUUGGCGAAGCCUGGCGCAAGGCCAUACUGCAGCGCACAGCCUUUGCAGGUCUCCCUGCCACCGUUCGAGGAGUGGGCGCCGUCACCAGAACUACUCAAGCUGCACGCGCCCAAACUAUCCGAGGACUUCUGGAAGCAGCAUGCUCCCAAGCCUCACUGUGUCAUCCGCUCCCCUCAUGAGCCGAUUUCCUGGCCGUGA